AUGUUGAAGUCAUUCGUAAUGGAUAGAAUCGAGGAAGACGGCAAUAAAUUGACACCUUCUCCCAGCAGUGAGCCAGAUAAAUACCACAAGAUAAGAGCUGGCAUGUUUUUGGCAUCAGUCACAGGGAUGUCCAUCUUGGGAGGGUUUGGCAUGACGCUGGCCAUGGCCAAGAGACAGGAUCCUGACAUGUUUGCCAGAGGUAUCCAUGGAACUAGAGAAAUCCCAGAAAGUGGAGUCAGCUUGGCUACGAGAGCUCUGGUGAGAGGGUCCAUGUAUUCAGUUGCUGGCGUCAGUCUGUUCUGUUUUGCUGUGUGGAAAGUGAUGGGGGUGCACAGUCUUGCAGAGUUUCGACAGAAGGUUGGCUCAGUGAUGCCAAAAAUACCCAAGAAAGACAAUCCAGGGAGAGGAGACUUCACAACUAUCAGAGACCUGUUUAAUUAUAUCAUUGAAGAAGAUGAAAAGGAGAAAAGAGCAAAGAAAAUAUCCUAG